AUGGCUAGCUGGGUUGUGAUUUUUGUGCUUGUUUUAGCAUUUGUGCAUGCAACUGCAGCACGUAAUGUUCCAAGUGAUGCUGAUCUUGAUAGCAAUAAUGUUGUCCCUAAUGAAGAGCAAGUAUUGCAUGCUAGUGCACCAGCUGCCGAUUCACCUAGCAGCACUGGCCUUAAAGACAAAAAGAAUUUCAUCUAUGGUGGUGUUGGUGGCUUUGCUGGAAUGGGAGGUUACGCUGGUAUCAUUGGUGGUCUGCCAGUUAUUGGUGGCCUUGGUGGAAUUGGCAAAUAUGGAGGGGUUGGAGGGGUUGGUGGUGCAGGAGGUGCUACUGGCCUUGGCACUGGUGGUCUUGGUGGUGCAGGAGGUGCAGCUGGUGGUGCUGGUGGUUCGACUCUACCAUCCCCUUAA